AUGGCGCCACGGAAAAGCAACGCCUCAGCGGCAGCUACAGACGCCAACGGCGAUGUAUCCAUGGUUUCCAACGCAACCAAUACCUCGACCCACGCACAUCCCAAAUCAGCCCGACAGUCAAGUGGUGGAGGCAAGCAAGACGACGGCGUGAGCAUUGAUGACCUUUUAUUACCACGCACGCUCGUGUCGCGACUCGCUCGCGGCGUAUUACCGCCCAACACUUCGAUUCAGAAAGACGCAACCCUGGCCCUGGCCAAGUCGGCCACCGUGUUCAUCUCGUACCUGGCCCACCAUGCGAACGAGCAGACGACCAAAAAGACGCUUGGGCCGCAAGAUGUGUUGAAGGCCCUGAAGGAGAUGGAAAUGGCCGGAGUCAUGGAACUCGGGGCUGUGGGUCAGGACGGCCGAUUGGGCGGCCGGCUGGAGCGGGAAAUGGAGGCGUACGAGGAGAUCAUCCAGCGCAAAAGAAAGGGGUAUAGAGACAAAGUCAAGGCGAGGGAGAGUCUUGCUGGAGACGGCGAAGGCGGAGAGGAUGGAGAGGCAGGAGCUGCGGAAAGGGGAGAACCGAGUAGUAAGAAGGCGCGGAGGAUGGAUGAUGACGACGACGAUGAGGAGGAGCGCCUGCUUGAUGAGCAGCUCAACGGUGGUGGAGUGGGCGAUGACUCGGGUCUCUCUCACCCAGCAAAGGCGAAGAGGAAGAGUAAGAGCAAAUCCGCCAAUCGGAGCUCACCACUCGCAAAUGGUAAGGCGAGGGCAAUGUCGGAUGAGUCGGAUGCUGAGGACGGCGACGAAGGUGAGGAUGAGCCAGCUGACGAGGAGGACGACGACCAGGAGGAGGGAGAGGACGAGGAUGAAGAGGAAGAGGAAGAGGACGAUGAAGAGCCGGACGACGAGGAUGACGAGCAAAAUGGCCACGACACCGAUGGCCUUGACGACGUCGAUGGAAGUCACCGCCCGAACGGAAGAGCGAGACCACUGAUGAUCGGACGAGAUGUCGACGUCGGGAGCGAGGAUGAGAGCGAUUGA